UGUCUGCCCCUCUGUCACUUUCCUUUAUUAUAUUCCAAUGUAUACAUACAUCCUCCACAUUACUUAUAUUUCUCCAUUCCCAUCAACUCUCCUCCUCCUACAAUGACAAUGAUCACCUUGGGCGACACCUCUCUCACCAAAGUCUUCGUGGGCGGCCUCGCUUGGGAGACCCCCAAGGAAGCCAUGAAAGACCACUUCCAGAAAUACGGCGACAUUCUCGAAGCCGUCAUCAUCUCCGACAAGCUCACCGGCCGAUCCAAGGGCUACGGCUUCGUCACUUUCAAGGACGCCGAUGCGGCCAAGAAAGCCUGCGAGGACCCCACUCCGAUCAUCAACGGCCGCCGCGCCAACUGCAACCUCGCCGUCCUCGGCGCCCGCCGCCCUAGAUCCUCCUCCACCAAUCCCCCUCCCCAACAAGGAGUGAAUGUUGGACCGAGGGCUGCGGCAUCAACUCCACCGCCGCCGCCGCCGCCGCCGUCGAAUCAUGUGCAAUGGUACUAUCCGGCUGCGGCGCCGGCCACGGCGGCUGCCGCUGCACCUUUCCACCACCACAACAAUCACCACCACCAUCAAGCUGUUCCCAUCUAUGGAUACUCACCAACCUACAUUACAGCAGCUGACAUGAAUUACAAUCAUAAGGUGGGAUUUACUGGUGGGUCCUACAUGAAUGGGCAUUUUGGUCAAGUGUACCCGGCGGGGCAGACUAUGGUGGGUGCAGGUGCACUGAUGCCGAUGUACCCUUACUACCAUUUCCACCAAUCACAGUCAAUGGGCCUUCCAGCCCACUUAUACUGUCCAACUGCAGCAGGCCCAAUUCCAACUGUGCCUGCUCUUAUUUCAAAGCCCACGUCUAUUGCCCCUCCAAAUGCAGGUAAUUAUUACUUGAAAUUAGCCAAAUUGUUUUUCUAGAAUUUAUAAAAAAAUUAUGUUUUACACACCCUAUUUUAUUUGGGAAAUUAACAAAAAAAUCGAAGUUAUUUACACUAUUCCUUGAAGUCGUUAUCGCCUUUACAUUUUUCAUUAAAUCGCAGCAUCAACCAAUUUUCCAGUGACUUAACGUGUUUAAGUCGUCAAAAAACAGAUUAGUGUUGUUAUUACAGAAGUAAAAAUCUAUGGGGACUUGGUAUUAAAAUUGCACUAUCGCAUGUUCGAGAUUUUUACGAUAAUCAAUAUAUAAAUAUUCAUUUAUUUAUUUGUUUAAUUUAUUUUGGAGGAUGAAGUUGCAUGAAAAAAUUUGGUCGAAUCGGCAUGCUUGUUACCUUUUAUUUAUUAUAUAGUUAGUUAAUUAAUAAAAUAAAGAAGGAAUCAGAUCAGAGAGAAGAAUCUUUGAAUCACAUGGUCCCAACUCCCAAGUGUGAGCAUGUGAGGUAACUCAUGGAAUCAUUAGAUGAAAUAGUAAUUUAUGUUCAACUUUUCUUUGAAAAUUAUUGAUCUACAACUUGGGGUUAUAUUUUUUGAUCAUACAAUUGUGAACUGAUAUUAUAUGUCACAGUUUGCCUGGCUGUGGAAUAAAUAGGUACAACAAUUGGCCAAAAACAUUGAAGAAAUGGCAGAUAGGCAGGGGAUGCAAAGAAACAUGAAGAAAAAUAAAAUAACAAAAUAUGGGAGAGUGGUGCUGCUCAGAACAAAGUUUAUUAUAUCAUCUGCAGUGGCACAGCUUUACCCAUUUAUUUUUUUUAUUUUUAUUUUUUGUUUUGUAAUUUUAGGAAUCUAAUUCAUUCAUUAUUGUUAUUAUUACAAUUAUCUGGUUCUCUAACCUGCAUGAUGCAUCUCAACUAGAGAAAACAAUGUAACCUUUAUGAACAUGUAAUGAUUCUUCUCAUGUUUUUAUGAGAUGAUUAUUCUCAUGUAUUAAUCGAGCUUAAACAUGCUUUA